UGUCCCUCCAAUGUUUGACUUCUUCCUUCUAUAAUCUCAUUCUUGAGCUGUCUUCGAUUGAAAAUAAUCAAAGAAUCCACGUAAUGCAAGAGAGUGGUACGAUUUUAUUGAAAGAAAAUGUCACUUUUCCCCCUCCAAAAUCCUAUAAAAAGCAAUCUCUUUUAAUCUGCAUCAACAUCAUAACCCCAAAUCCCAAUAAUUCCACUGCUAUAUUCCAUCCAAAAUGACCAUCAAUCUCCUCCUUCCCUCUAUUUUAUUCUUAGCUCUUAUUCAAACCUCAAUUGCUAGAUCAGGCAUCGCAAUUUACUGGGGCCAAAACGGCAAUGAAGCUACCUUAAACGACACAUGCGCCUCAGGCAACUACGCCUAUGUCAACUUAUCCUUCCUUAACAAAUUCGGUAAUGGCCAAACCCCUGAAAUCAAUCUCGCUGGCCACUGUAACCCCGCCGUCAAUGGCUGCACUAUCCUCGGCCCACAAAUCAAAUUCUGUCAAAAAUUAGGCGUCAAAGUUAUGCUAUCCAUGGGCGGUGGCGUUGGAAACUACUCAUUAGCUUCUAAAAAAGACGCUAAGGACGUUGCACGUUAUUUAUAUAACAAUUUUUUAGGCGGACGUUCGUCGUUUAGGCCUUUAGGAAAUGCGAGACUUGACGGAAUUGAUUUCGAUAUUGAACUAGGAUCUUCUCUUUACUAUGAAGAUUUAGCGCAAUACUUAAAAAGAUAUAGCAAACUUGGAAGAAAAAUGUACCUUACAGCAGCUCCACAAUGUCCAUUUCCAGAUAGAUUGCUUGGCACGGCACUAAAUACAGGGCUAUUUGACAAUGUCUGGAUUCAAUUCUACAAUAAUCCGUCAUGUCAGUACACUACUAAUAAUGUGGAUGAUUUGAAAAAUUCUUGGACGCGGUGGACGACAUCGGUGAAUGCUAGGAGGAUAUUUUUAGGGCUUCCGGCAGCACCGCAGGCUGCCGGAAGUGGUUUUAUUCCGGCGGAGGUGUUGACCGGGGGAAUUCUUCCGGUGAUUAAGAAAUCAAGGAAAUAUGGUGGUGUUAUGUUGUGGUCAAAAUUUUGGGAUGAACAAACUGGAUAUAGUGCCUCCAUUGUGAAAAGUGUGUGAAGACAUUGUUUGUGGGAAAUUUGGAUUAUAUUGAAGAUGAAAGGUUAUGGGUUAAGCAUUUGUUGAUGGAAAUUAUUUUGGACUUUUCUAUUCUUGCUAAUUUAUUAUAUUCAUGUGCUGCACUACUUCCCCCUUAUCAAAAUAUAUGGCGUGUUUAAUUUAUGAGAUUCAAUUUAACUAAUUUUUUAAA